GAAUGGGAGCUGGUGGUGCUGGGGAAGUUGAAGUGGAACCUCGCAGCCGUCACCCCACACGAUUUCAUUGAACACAUCCUAAGGAAACUGCCUCUACCUAAAGACAAGUUGCUUUUGAUCCGGAAGCAUGCACAAACAUUCAUUGCCCUUUGUGCCACAGAUUUUAACUUUGCCAUGUACCCACCGUCAAUGAUAGCAACUGGAAGUGUGGGAGCAGCCAUCUGUGGCCUUCAGCUCGAUGACGGGGACAGCCUCACGGACCUCCUGGCCAAGAUCACAAACACAGAUGUG